AUGACCACCAGCAACUCUCCGGAGGAAGUGGCCGAUCCGGCCAGCGCCUCCGCCGCGGCCCCUUAUGGCACGCGAUCGAGAGGCCGCAACGCCCCUCGGCCUAACUAUGCGGAAGAUCGUGACAUUGAAAUGGAGUAUGAACCUUCACUUCCAAAAACCGCCAAGCGAACUAGCGGCGUAGGCCUGAAUAACCUCAACGGUUCCAAAUCAGACAGUGAAAAGGCUUCGCCGACCCAAUCACGCAAGAGCCUGACCAAUGGUACUGCAGCUAACGGCAAUGGAAUUGUCAAUGUUAAUUUGAUCCCCAAGGAGUCGAUUCCAGGCACUUCGUCAUUUUCUUCACGACCAGAGGAGAAUGGAUCUGCACUGAGGAAGCGGAAACAACCCGCAAGCGCCCCCAAUUCAAGUUCCACUGGAACCCCCGCCAAAAAGGUCUUCACCACCGCCCCAGGGGAUUUCGACGGCGGUUACUUUACCAAUAUGGUCAGCUUUGAGACAUCUACCCCGUAUCUCAAAGACGGUCAAAUCAAAGCGGACGAUGGCACUACAUUCGCUGUGAAUGAUCACGUUUAUUUAAUUUGCGAGCCUCCGGGCGAACCUUAUUACUUGGCUCGAAUCAUGGAGUUCUUACCAUCCAAGACCAAGGGUGAUGGUGUCAUUGAAGCAUUGAGAGUCAACUGGUACUACCGUCCACGAGACAUUCAGCGACAUAGCCCAGACAAUCGAUUUGUAUACGCGUCUAUGCAUUCGGACACCUGCCCGCUUUCUUCCUUGCGCGGGAAAUGUGAAAUUCGUCAUGUCUCCGAAAUUGACGAUCUCAAUGCGUACAAGAAGACUCGCGAUUCCUUCUGGUAUGACAAGAUGUUUGACCGAUAUAUUCACCGGCUGUACGAUGUAAUUCCGACCAAGGAUGUGAUCAACGUGCCUGCAAACGUGAAAAAGGUCCUCGAUGAUCGCUGGAAGUUCAUCUUGGUCGAAAUGGGGAAAGGAAAGGAGUUGACUGGCGCUGUGAAGACGUGCAAGCGAUGCCGUCAGUUUGCGGCGAAUUCGGAGUCAGUUGAUUGUGCUGUCUGCCACUCAACGUAUCACAUGCACUGUGUACGGCCUGCCUUGACCAAGAAGCCAGCUCGAGGAUUUGCCUGGGCCUGUGCUGCUUGCAGCCGUGCUCACGAGUGCAAGCUAGAGGCGCGAAAUACCCCGCAUGUAAUCGGUGCUCGAGUUGAUGGCGAAGAGGAAAUUGUCGAGGAGGAAGAGGAGGAGCACCAUGCCAAUGGAGUGGUGAACGGGACUGAAACAAGCACCCCGGGUGCAGCGGAGGACUCCAUGCCGAAACCCGAAACAGCAGAACAGAUGGCCCAGGCAAAGAUGUGGCCUUAUCGCUAUCUUGGCAUUCAUUGCCGAGUGGAGGACGCGCUGGACUACGAUGAUCGAAUUUACCCCCGUGCAAGUUCCCGUCUUGGGCCUCGACACCAAGCGAUUGUCAACCCCUGGCCCGGGCGCACUGUGGAAUAUGUGAAACCCCCAGAGUUGAAAAAGAAAGCUGUCAAGGUGGCAGGCGGGCGAAAUGUGAUGAAGCUUACCAAGGAAUCCCAGGCGGCACUGGAUGCCGCGAAGAUAGACCGCGCCACACGACCUAAGUGGGUUCAGGAUGAGCCUCCAGGUUAUAUCGUGCGUGGUGAAGACGAGCCUGUGAUGGUCAAUGGAAAGCAGAUGCGCACUGCCGAGCUGCUGUUCAAAAUGCCGACAGCAGACCAAAUUCCCUCUCGCGGCGAAGACGAUGCACCAGGUGCCCAUCUCAGCGACGACGAACGGGAGAAAUUCAUCGACGAUUAUAUGCGUCAAGCGAAGGAGCUGGCUCCUGAACUUGGGGUUGAAAAGUUUUCCACCAACUUUUUAGAUAAGGCUCUGGAGCUUCUGUACUCCGAGAGCUUCAAUGUCGAGGCCGCCCUCGCAAAGCUCAAAAAGGUUAACAAAUACAAGGAUCUCAAGGAGCCCCAUCUCCGACCCGAAGAAUUGAAGGCUUUUGAGCAAGGUGUCGCCAAAUACGGAUCUGAGUGGCGCAACAUCGCAAAACAUGUGAAAACGGUGCACAUUUUCCAAAUUGUUCGAUUUUACUAUAUGUGGAAGAAAACCCCCCGUGGGAAGCAGGUCUGGGGUAGUUAUGAAGGGAGACGCGGUAAAAAGGAGGUCCGACGACAGAGCGUUAUCUCGUCCAAACUGGUUGACGAUGUCGCCGAUGAUCAUGAUGACUCUGCUUUCGACAACGACAAAGCAGUGGCCCAGAAAAAGGGUUUCCAUUGCAAGUUCUGCUCGACACGCCACUCUCGACAAUGGCGACGUGCUCCUCUCGUGCCGCCUGGAACUGUUGUUCCUACUGACCCCUCAGCGAAGAAGGACAAAGGACCCAUGUUGACUGUCGCUCUUUGUCUUCGAUGUGCCCUAUUGUGGCGAAAGUACAGCAUCCAGUACGAAGAUGUCGAUGAACUCGGGAAAAGAAUUGCGACCAGUGGAAAUAAAUCGUGGAGACGGCGGAUUGACGAGGAGUUGCUAGCUCAGCUAAUCCUAGCUACGGAAACCCCAUUCACCAUCAACAGUACCACCGCCGCCACUGCGACCUCAAUGGGCAUUGCCGUGGACAGUAAUCCGAAUCUGCAACAUGAAAGCAAGCUGGACCCGUCCAAGAAGAAGCCAAUUCGCCCUGAUGUUCCGAGCACGGCAACCUCCACAGCAACAUCAUCAGUGGAGCCAAUGCCGCAAAAGAAGAAGCCCGGGAUUGAAAAGGUUUCCGAGGGACCUCCAAUUGUUCCAGAUCCGCCCAGGGCAAAGACUCUCCCAUGUGCCAUUUGUAAUAAGGUUGAACCCUCUGGCGAGGAGCACCUUUCCUGCCGCGAUUGUCGCCUGACUGUUCAUCGGAACUGUUAUGGAGUACAGGGUACCCGAGCUGGUAAUAAGUGGCUUUGCGAUAUGUGUUCAAACGACCGCAGUCCUUCGAUCUCGACCACCUAUGAAUGCGUGUUGUGUCCUGUGUCCUGGACUGAGCACGAACUCAUGGAGACUACCAAGAAUACCAGCCGCAAGAAGUCUGACCGCGAUAAGGAGAAAGAACGACUGGAGAAGGAAGUGGUUCAAGAAGCCAUCAAACUCUAUCGCCAACGACAAGAGACCGCCGGCAAGCCUACCGGACCUCGGGAGCCCCUAAAGCGUACUGCUGGUAAUAACUGGGCUCACGUUUUAUGUUCUUUGUGGACCCCAGAGAUCAAGUAUGGAGAUGCGAAGGAGCUGGAACCUGCUGAGGGUUUCGCUUCGAUCCCCAAGGACCGAUGGCGGCAAGUGUGCAAGAUAUGCAAGUCCUCCAAGGGCGCAUGCAUUCCCUGCCACUCUGCUGGAUGCAAUGCUCAUUUUCAUGUCGGCUGUGCUUUCCAAGCGCAGUAUCGAUUUGGCCUGGAUAUCACGCCAGUGAAGGGUUCACGGAAAGACAGCGUUCAAACUAUUCGUCUUGGUACUGAGGUUGGUAUGGCUACACCGGCUUUUUACUGUCCUAGCCACACCGUGCCUGCUACGCUCCACGACCUUGGCGAAUUGACUGGACAAGAUGGUUCCAAUGCACUUCAGCUGUUUGCUCAAACAUACAAGCAGGCCGAUCUUACACUGACAGGCACGUCUAGAAAGGCAGCAUAUGUACAGCAGUCAGUUGUGGCUCCACAGCACUAUGCAAUUAACACUGCAUACCGCCGAGCUUCCACCAGCAAUGGGCAGCCAGCGACCCCCAAGGAUGCUAAGCCACAGCCGACGACUAACGAGCAUGGACCUGACGAGAUGGACAUUGACACAGAGGAACGUCCUAACCAGCGUCCAAUUUCUGGGAUUACGGCUGCAGCAACUGCUCGGAAAUGUGUUCGCUGUGCAAGCGAUUUCAGUCCCAGAUGGUGGCCGAGCGCACGGCGAGGGCCUUUGGCGAAUGGCGUGGGAUCAAAUCCGACCUUCCCAUUAUUUGCGCAUGGUUCUGCCUUCCCGCACGUCAAUGGAGCUGUUGGGGAGCCGGCAUAUGAGUGUCACAAAUGCCAUUUAAAGAACCCCAUUCCCGCAGAUCCUGUGCCCGAACCCCGGCCCUCACCUUAUCCUCCUGUCCAAGCUCCGGCUUCGGCUCCAGCACCGGGACCAUCGCCAGCUCCAAUUCAAGGCCAGCCUCAAGGCCAGCCUCAGCGCUCUAUGCUUCCGACCCCAAGCCUGGGCGCCCCUCACCAAUUUGUGCAGCACAGCCAUCCUCCUCCCCCAACUGGUGUUCACGGACGGCCCCACCCCCAGGCUCACCCUCACCCGCACGGUGCUCUUCCAGGAUACCCGCCGCGCUACGAGCAGCGACCGCCACCCAAUGAUCCUAACUUGCGCAAUGGCAUGUCACCUCGUGCCUAUCCUGCCGCGCCCCAGCCCCCACCUCCACACCAUAUGCCCAAUUACCCUCCAGCUCAUCCGUCGAGCCAUCACCCUCCGGCUCCGUCCCCAUCGCAUUACCCGCCUGGUCCUCCUGGUCCGCCAACACAAGCGUAUACGACUCACCAGAGUCCAUAUGGCCCGAUGCCAGCGCGCUCGCCUCACCUGUCGCAGCCUCCUCCUCGCUCAUACGCAGCCUCUGCAUCUCCACCCAUUGUGCAGGCGACGAUCAACCGGUCUCCGCAAACAUCGCUGAGCGCGCUGAACGGCGGCCCACCGCCACGCAUGUAUGCUGUCGAUCGUGGCAUGGGCGCACCGUCUCACUCACCGCCUGUUGCGCAGGCCCGACUUGAUCCGCGCGGACCUACGCCGCCAAAUCGGCCUGAGAACACACCCCCAUCUCACAUGGGAGGACCUACCAGUGCUGCCAGUCGACACUCCGGCGUGAAUGGCACAAGUGCUGGAUCAGGUGCAAGCGCGAGUCCAUCACUGAAAAACCUCCUUUCUUGA